AUGCCGCGAAGGUACAGCGUCAAGAACUAUGUGGCAUCGCUACAUACAUUCUCGGAUACAUCAAACGCCAUCAGCAGAAGCCUAGCAAACCCCGAUCCUCUCGACUUGGAGCCUCCUGUCCUUGCGCCUAAGACAUAUCUACCUCGAGCAUUUAUCACCUACAUUGGAGCGCAUUCCUGCAGCUGUCAACAAUGCGACCCCGAAUACCAACAGGAUCUUCUUGAUACUGCCAGAAAUCGAGCAGCCGAACAGUAUGCCAAGGACUUGGAGGACGAAGUCAUCACGAACAUGAGAGGUGAUGUGAUCCAACAGCAUUGGGAUGAGAUCAACGCCGAAGCAGGAACUUCUGCUAGAGAUAUGAUGCGUGAGCAGAUUCUCCGGGAAGAGCUCGACCGGUACAAAGAAGGCUUGCGCAAGGAGUACCAAGAGGAGCUUCGAGCUACGAUGCGCAAGGAGAUCGAAGAGGAGGUGAGACGGGAGUUCAAUGCGAAGGUGGCGAGUCUUCAGCUUCUAUGA